CCUCCGUCCCAUUCCACCCAAACUCAAAUCCCUCACCGGCGCAGCACCCACACCCCAAACCCUUCCCGCUCCGAUGGCCCGCACGAAGCAGACGGCUCGCAAGUCCACCGGCGGCAAGGCGCCGAGGAAGCAGCUGGCGACCAAGGCGGCGCGCAAGUCGGCCCCGGCCACCGGCGGCGUGAAGAAGCCCCACCGCUUCCGCCCUGGCACCGUGGCGCUCCGUGAGAUCCGCAAGUACCAGAAGAGCACGGACCUGCUCAUCCGCAAGCUCCCCUUCCAGCGCCUGGUGAGGGAGAUCGCGCAGGACUUCAAGACCGACCUCAGGUUCCAGAGCUCCGCCGUCUCCGCGCUGCAGGAGGCCGCCGAGGCGUAUUUGGUGGGGCUGUUCGAGGACACCAACCUGUGCGCCAUCCACGCCAAGCGCGUCACCAUCAUGCCCAAGGACAUCCAGCUCGCCCGCCGCAUCCGCGGGGAGCGCGCCUAGGCUGUCUGAU